GUGCUAAGAGUCUGAUCAACGCCGUGAGUGGUUACGCUCUACAGAUUGGCUGUGAAGAUCAAAGUGUUAGAAAGAUCCCUGACGAAGAAGAAAUCAUCCUAGGAGCUGAUCUUAACUGUUAUGUAGGAGAAACAGCAGGAGGUUAUGAAGCAUGUCAUGGCGGUUUUGGAUACAACCUGAGAAACGAGGAAGGAGAGAAAAUGCUAGAGACAUUGGAGAGCUUGGAACUGGUCUUGGUAAAUACUGGAUUCAAGAAGAGAGAUGAACAUCUAACAACAUACCGAAGUGGAGAUAACAGUUCCCAGAUCGACUUCCUAAUGGUGAGGAAGAGAACCCGUAAAAACGUGAGAGAUGCAAAAGUGAUUCCCGGUGAGGCAGUUGCUCACCAGCACAGACUGCUGGUCAUGGACGGGACGUUUGCUAAGAAAAGGAAAGGAGAAACAACAGGAAAGAAGCUGCAGAAGAUCAAGGUGUGGAAACUACGGGAAUGUGCAGGAGGAUACAGAAGGCACGUGGGAGAGAGACUGAAGAGAGUGAAGAGAGAGACAGCAACCGAAAUGUGGAAGACCUUAAAGGAAGCAACGGUGGAAGUGGCAGAAAAGCUGUGUGGAAAAACAAAGAACGAAGGGGAAGAGCUAACAGAAUUACCAGCAGUAGAAGGUCCGAUACAGCAAGUACGCCUGCAGGAGGUAUCAGCCGUCCUCAAGAUGAAGAACAAGUCACCAGGCACAUCGGAGGUGGUGGUAUAG